AUGGAGAGACUUACGCGCAUCGUGUGUCUAUUGUCGCUGCUUGGGCUUGCAGCCAGCUCUAACGAGGGUGCCCUGAGCCUCAUCCUUCAACGUAUGGACAGAAGCGCCGAUCCCUGCGAGGACUUUCAGAAGUUCUCCAGCGGCAAGUUCUUGGAGGUUCAUGAGGGCGAAAAUGUGUACUCACUGCAAAACGUAGCUGUCCAGAAAUACAAUGAACAGUUGCAGGAGCUGUUCGAUGAUCUAAAGGACACGAACUUCAUCGAUGAGUCCAGUGUGGAGGAGAAGGUGUGGCAGUUGUACAACACCUGCAGUACAGCUCCCAAGAAGACCCAUUCUUGGAAGCAUUACUUGCAGCUAGUGUCACCGAACCUUGACCUUCCCUGGCCCCAGUUCACGCCCCGAGGAGGUGAGUGGCCCCAGGAACGAUUCCAGUGGCUGGUUACCCUAGCCCGUCUCCGUCGCUUUGGCUUCAAGAACUUUCUUAUACCCAUGGACCUGACCACGAAAUCGAAUGACAGCAGCCAGUUGUUAAUUAGUUUGGGCAGCCACCCUAUAAAAACGAUUCCAGAAGUAUCCGAUACGGAAGAGCUUCUGAUUUCCCUCAAGGUCUCCAGGGAGAAGGCCGCUCUCCUGGCCAGCAACAUUACAGAUCUGGAGAGUGAUUUACAGAAACUGGCCGAAGAAGACAACAGCUUGGUACAAUAUAUGACCACUGAAGAGUUUGAGGAGCGGACCAGCAUUUCCAUUGGGCAUUACCUCGAGAUCGUACUGGGCAGCUCAAUCGACUCCGGUUUCGAGCUGGAGGUAUUACAAAUUACUUACCUAGAGGGUUUGAAGAAUGUAAUCGAGAAAUACGACAGCGAAGUGGUGGCCACUCACCUGGUGGUCGGCUUCAUUCGCUAUCUGAAGAGUAUGGAUGGCAGUGAAUCCAACGGAGAUCCUGCCAUGUGUGCUGCCGCCGUGGGUGUUCUUAUGCAGCCAGCCAGCGAGUUUCUCUACAAGAAUCUUCACUUCGGAGAGGAGGAGCUACAGCGGAAUGUUGAGGAAGUCCAGCGUAUAUUCAAGAUCAUCUCGAACACCUUCAUGGCUCGACUCGCAGACAAUCGUCUGAACCUUACCUCGGCCGAGGUCCAACAUCUGCAGGAGAAGCUGAGCGCCAUGACCGUGAGGGUGGGAAACCUGCCCAAUGUUGAAGACCAGCGCAGCUUUGUCACUAAUUUCUACUCGGAUCUCAACUUAAACACGAAUUUGGACUACGCCGAAGCUCAAUUGAAAGUUUUGGAGCAUCUGAAUCGAAAGAUUUUGGAGCAGCUUGAUCGCCCAAUACCCAGGGGCAAAGAGUUUUACCUCUUCCACAGCCAACUAAAUGCCGCUACCGAGGGCACUUUCUAUGAGACUAACAACAUGAUCAUUCUACCUUAUCUAAUUCUCCAGGAGCCUUACUUUUCGCCCGAAAUGCACGAUGUCUUCAAGCUGAGCUACCUGGGCUAUCUUAUAGCCGGUGAGAUAUUGAUAUACUACGAUCCGUAUUAUCUGUCCUUCGACAGCCUGGGCAACAAUAGUACUUUGUUGGGGAAUUUCGAAGAACAUCAGGGCUACAUCGAUGGAAUAUCCUGCCUAAAUCGUACCGAAACGCGCGCUAUAAGCUACCGAGUGAUUGAUGUGCUUGCUUUGGAACUGGUCUACGACAGCUACUUUGGCAAGGAUUCCACGCUGAGCAAGGAUCAGCCCUGUUUCUUCAAGGUUCCCCUGGAGCAGUUAUUCCUGCUUAACUUCUCGCAGCUUCUCAUUGGCAACUACUACGGAUUGGGCGAUCCGAACGAUGUGUCCCUCCACGCGUCGGUGAGCAAUCUGAAGGCCUUUGGAGAAACCUUUAGCUGUCCAGCUAAUGCAACUUUGAAUCCGCCAAUAAGGUGCACCAUUUGGUAA